AUGGCUCAGCUCCUGAACAGCAUACUCGCCGUGAUCAAGGUGUUCGAGAAAUACGCCAAAGAGAAUGGAGACCGUAACUCACUGUGCAAGAAGGAGUUGAAGCAGCUGCUCUUGGCUGAGUUUGGAGACAUCCUCCGGAGACCAAAUGACCCAGAGACUGUGGAAACCAUCCUGAGCCUCUUGGAUAAAGACAGAAAUGGGCAGGUUGAUUUUCAUGAGUAUCUCUUGUUGGUGUUCCAAUUGGCCCAAGCCUGCUAUCAUAAGCUGGAUGAUGAGACACGUGGAGACAGAACUUCCCAGCAAGAAGGGGAGCAGGAGGGAACAGGAAACCAAAAGUUUCCAGGAAGUACAGGCAGACAACACAGGCAGAGGCAUGAGAGAGAAAGGCAGGACUCCCACCACAGUCAGUCUGAGAGACAAGACAGGAACUCCCAGUACGGUCAGACUGAGAGACAGGAUCAGGACUCCCACUAUGGUCAGUCUGAGAGACGAGGUCAGGACUCCCACUAUGGUCAGUCUGAGAGACAAGAUGGAGAUUCCUGCUAUGGUCAGUCUGAGAGACAAGACAGGAACUCCCGCUACGGUCAGACCGAGAGACAGGAUCAGGACUCCCGCUAUGGUCAGUCUGAGAGAUGAGGUCAGGGCUCUAGCUCUGGUGAAAGAUUGAGUCAUAAAUCUGGCAGUAGCAAACCUAAAAGUCAAGGGUAUGUCUUUGCCUUAAAUCAGUGUGAGAAACAACUUCAGGAUUCUCAUUAUGGCCAGCCUGAAAGACGUGGACAACGGUCAAGCUAUGGCCAGUCUGGAAGACUUGGACAGGACUCUUGUUCUAACUUCACAGACCAACAGGUAUCAGGCUCUUAUGAACAGUCUGGGAGGCUGGGUCAGGAAUCAGGUUGCAGUCACAGAAAUAGGCAAGAAUUGGAUUCUCAGUAUGGCCAGACAGACAGACAAGGCCAGAGUUUCCACUAUGGCCAGCCAGACAGACAAGGCCAGAGUUCCCACUAUGGCCAGACAGAUAGACAAGGCCAGAGUUCUAACUAUGAUCAGACAGACAGACAAGACCAGAGUUCCCACUAUGGCCAGACAGAUAGACAAGGCCAGAGUUCUAACUAUGAUCAGACAGACAGACAAGGCCAGAGUUCCCACUAUGGCCAGACAGACAGACAAGGCCAGAGUUCCCACUAUGGCCAGACAGACAGACAAGGCCAGAGUUCCCACUAUGGCCAGACAGAUAGACAAGGCCAGAGUUCUAACUAUGAUCAGACAGACAGACAAGACCAGAGUUCCCACUAUGGCCAGACAGAUAGACAAGGCCAGAGUUCUAACUAUGAUCAGACAGACAGACAAGGCCAGAGUUCCCACUAUGGCCAGACAGACAGACAAGGCCAGAGUUCACACUAUGGUCAGAGAGGCAGACAAGGCCUGAGCUCUCCAUAUGGCCAGACAGAGACUGGGGAAACUGGGCAAAAUAGGCGCUUCCGAGGAAGUGAGGGAACAAGCAGGGACUCGCGUGUUGAGCCAUCAGGACGGUCAGGCAGACCAAGUCAACAGACUCAAGGACAGGAAGCGAGCCGAAAUCAGGGUCACAGAGUCCAGUCUAGGGAAGGGCAGCAAGACAGCCACCAGGCGUGGGAGCCCGAGGAGGAUAACCAGCACCAGCAACACAAACUAGUAGCACAAAUCCAGCAAGAAAGGCCACUCUGUCACAAAGAGGGAGACUGGCAAUCACGCAGCAGUGAACAGGGCCACAGUCAGGCCCAGACCAGGCAGAGUCAUGGCGAGGGGCAGAGCCACCAGGCAGAGAAAGAGCAGGGCCACCAAAGCUGGGGUAGACGUGGUCAUGAGGGUCAGGAAGCGCCAUGUGAGGUUCGGGACAGGCAAACCCUUGAAGAGGAGCAGAUCCGUCAGGCGAGGGACAGACACACCCAUGAAGAGGAUCCAAACCGUCAGCGACAACAGGAUAGACAAACCCACGAGGAUAGCGAGAGGUAUCAAGGGUCCCCGGAUCGACAGUCCCAUGGGACCCAGCAAGGCUGUGCUAACAGAGAAAAAGUCCAUAUGAAUGAGGAUGGCCGGACCCGAGGUUCCCAGGGGAGACACAGUGACCCGGGCUUCCAUCCAACCCAGAGCAGUGGGAGGCCCCAAAGAAGAGAACAGGGUGGAAGUCACCCCAGCAAGGCAACUCUUGCUCCCAACCCUCUCUGUGACUAUGUGCAAGAGCAGAUAGGGGACUGGCACUAGGCCGUGCACCCACCGGACCUAAAGCAACACAAAGCCGAUGAAGAAAUCUACGCGUCAAUACUUACUUCUGUGGAAGAGAUUGAAAAUGUAUGUCUUCAUUCUCUAUCUAUCUGCAAGGAUGCUUUGGGGAACUAGUAUUCACUUUUAGGGCAUUACGGUUCUUUGAGCAGCAAUUCCAGGGUGUUCCGGUUGGGUGAAAUCUGAGCGGUAAAUUGGGUGAAAUAAUCGGAUCCCAAUUUUGAUUAAUUUGGGGAUUGAAAUCAUUUCCUGGUUUGCCCUCCGUGUAGGUGGGACAUGAUUGGAUCAUUGAAAGGUAGAAGUUCCUCUCAAAAGUUCAGAAACAGGAAAGUUAUUCCGAAGAUGUACAUUACAGCCGUAGGAGGGGACACCUGGACUUUGCUGAGCUUCUGUGGAUGAACCAUCAGGAAUUGUAAGCGCCGUGGUCUACACCAAAAUGAAACACAGCGAGAGGCUGCUAGGAGAUGCCCACAACACCUCCUGUGUGCACGUUCCUGCCCCUCACCAGAGGGACUGUCCCCUAAGCUCCCACCACUAGAACUGAGUGGACUGAUUUCAGUUCAGUGCCUUUCCAGUUUCUGAUCACAGCAAAAUAGAGAGGAAUCAUGUGAUCUGUCUGCAGAUUCCAGCAAGCCAACACUGUCGAUCCAUAGCUCCUGGAGCCUGAAAACCUUUCACAAAAAAAACAAUGGAAUUGUACUAAAAUACCCAA